AUGUCGGAAACAGGAACAACGACGGCUGCCUCCGCGGCGCCAAAAUCGAAGCCCGAGAGAUUACCCAUUACAGUCUCUAAACCUACUCCCUACACUUUUGAUCUCGGCCAUCUCCUUGCGAAUGACCCCAAUCCCCUCGAAAUUUCUCGCUCCGAACCAGUAAAUGUCUCUCUGAAGGCCACCGCCCGCGAUGGUGUGCAGUCUCUCCUCAACCAACUCCUCACUACUUGUCCCAUUACCUCCUCACAACAGGGUGUGCUCCUGACGCUUCCUGCGCCUACAACUGUUCUUCCCAGACACAAGCCUCUGCCGACACCCAAGCCACCCACCAAGUGGGAGCUUUUCGCACGCAAGAAGGGCAUUGGCAGAUUCAGUGGCAAAGCUGGUGCUGGACUUGCGGACAAGGAGCGCCGGAAGAAGCUGGUCUAUGAUGAGGAGAAGGGCGAGUGGGUUCCUCGCUGGGGCUAUAAGGGAAAGAAUAAGUCGGAUGAGGAUUGGUUGGUUGAAGUAAAUGAGAAGGAUUGGAAGAAAGAGGAAGAUGCUGCGGCUAAGGGAAGCUCGAUCCGUGGGAUGUCGCGGGCUGAGCGUAAGGAGAGGAUACGACGAAACGAAAGGAAGAUGAGGAACAAUGAACGGAAAUCCAGGAAGUCGGGUGGUGGUUAA